GUUUCGGUGCAAAAUUUGAACCGAGUCGCAGAGGGCAAAUGACGCUUGGACACAGAUAACAAUCUUCCGUUUGUUGUAUUGGGUUGUCUUUUCGGUGGACCGUAACCAGUGUUGUCUUUUCGGUGGACCGUAACCAGUGUUGUCUUUUCGGUGGAUCCGUAACCAUGAGGAGGAGUGAAGUCCACGCUGCGGAAUCUGUAGCAUGUCUGACUCGAGCCCUGAACCAGUUGAAGGACAUAUGGGAGGAAAUAGGCAUUCCAGAGGACCAGCGAGUACAGAGGACUGACGUAGUCAAGAAACAUAUCAAAGGCUUGCUGGACAUGAUGAUCGCUGAGGAGGACAGUUUAAGGAAGCGAUUGAUGAGCAGCAUAGAGUCCUGUCGCAAAGAGCUGGAUGUUCUGUGCACUGAGCUUCAACUGUCCCCUUUUGAGGAGGACGAGGGGAGGACAAUGCUGCAGCUGGAGAAAGAUAUCCGGUCACGGCUGGAGGUGACGAUGAAACAGAAGAGUCAGAGGGUCAAGGAGCUCAAGACUCUGUCCAAGCAGGACCGGGAGCUGUGUGACGUCAUGUGUUCAGUCCCCUUCUGUAUCGACGUGGACUCUGUCCCAUCGCUGGAACAACUGGACGGCUACCGCUCCUACCUCAACGGUCUCACUAAAGAGAAGGAUCGUCGCCACAGUGAGUUUGUGGGCAUCAAGCGUCAGAUCAUGGUGUGUAUGGAGGAGCUGGACCAGCUGCCGGACACCAGCUUUGAGAGGGACGUGGUGUGCGAGGACGAGGAGGCCUUCUGUCUGUCCAACGACAACAUCACAGCUCUCCAACUGCUGCUGGGACAGCUGGAGGAUCGUAAGACGGCGAAUGAGCUAGUGUGUAACUCCUACCGCACUAAGAUCCAGGAGCUGUGGGAGAGGCUGCAGGUGCCCCAGGAGGAGAGAGAGGGCAUUUCAGAACACAUGGUCCAGUCCAGGAAGAAGAACAUGGAUGCUUUACAAGCUGAGUGCCGGCGUCUGGAGCAGCUGAAGAUCAAGAACAUGAGGAAUGUGAUAGAAGCCGUCAGGGCUGAGGUGGCUCUGUUCUGGGAGAAGUGUCACUACAGCCCGGAGCAGAGACAAGCCUUCACAUCCUACUACGAUGAUGACGACUACACCGAGGAGCUGCUGAAUCUACACGAGGCUGAGCUCCAGAGUCUGAGGAAGCAUUAUGAGGACCACCGGGAGCUGUUUGAAGGAGUCACCAGGUGGCAAGACAGCUGGACUCUGUUCCUACGACUGGAGAAAAAGGCGACGGAUCCUUCUAGAUUUAACAACCGAGGGGGGAACCUUCUUAAAGAGGAGAAGCAGAGGGCUGACCUGCAGAAAAGCCUGCCAAAGUUGGAGAAGAGCCUGAAGACCCGGAUAGACCAAUGGGAGGAGGAGCAGUACAGAGACUUCCUGGUUAAUGGACAGCGGUUCCUCCAGUUCGUACAGGAGCAGUGGGAACUACUGCGACAGGAGAAGGAGCGGGAGAAGAAUGAGAGGCAACUGAAGAAGAGCCAGCAGAUAGAACAAGACAUGCUGUAUGGCACUGCUCAACGAACCCCCUCCAAAAGACACCUUGCAGGGACCCCUACACCUGGCAAAGCAAGAAAGCUGAAUGCCACUAGCAGCAUCUCCAGUUCUACUCCGAACAGCACCUUACGCUCUGUCUUCGGAGGAACCAUGUGCCAGUCGCCGUUACUCAGACCACCCAUGUCUGCCAGCAAGAUUCCUCUGAGGACCCCUUGUCGUGUUGGAAGAACCCCCCGCACAGUGGAACGCAACAAGGAGAACGUCUCCCACCUGAACUUCAUGGCUCUGAGUGGUGUGCUAAGAACCCCGGCUGCUAGCCCUGCCUCACACCGUAACGUCAGCAUUAACUCUGUGGCCAGCACCUAUUCGGAAUUUUCGAAGGAUUUUGUCAACAUUGAAUCCACUGCCAUUACCAGCGAGAUCUCUCAAAAGCUUCCAAACCUAACGUCAAGACAGGACAUCUGAACUCUACUGGCACUCAUCUCUGAGCUGAAGGGUCAGACAGAACCGCACCUGUCCCCUGAUUCAUCUGACUGAGUUUCACGGUUUCUGUCCGGGUCCAUUUCUGCACGUCUAGAUGAAGGAAAUGUGUCAACGCCUACUGAAUGUAACUCCAAUGGUAUCAGAACAGAAACUUGCACCUCUCCCUGAGUCUCAGCUCAACUGUUCUUCUAGCUCUGCCGAGGUUUCACUUGUUGUCAUCUCUGAGGGUUCUGAACUACUGCCAUGAUCCUGAAUCCUCCAUCUCUGAGGGUUCUGAACUACUGCCGUGAUCCUGAAUCCUCCAUCUCUGAGGGCUCUGAACUACUGCCGUGAUCCUGAAUCCUCCAUCUCUGAGGGUUCUGAACUACUGCCGUGAUCCUGAAUCCUCCAUCUCUGAGGGUUCUGAACUACUGCCGUGAUCCUGAAUCCUCCAUCUCUGAGGGUUCUGAACUACUGCCGUGAUCCUGAAUCCUCCAUCUAUGAGGGUUCUGAACUACUGCCGUGAUCCUGAAUCCUCCAUCUCUGAGGGUUCUGAACUACUGCCAUGAUCCUGAAUCCUCCAUCUCUGAGGGUUCUGAACUACUGCCGUGAUCCUGAAUCCUCCAUCUCUGAGGGCUCUGAACUACUGCCGUGAUCCUGAAUCCUCCAUCUCUGAGGGUUCUGAACUACUGCCGUGAUCCUGAAUCCUCCAUCUCUGAGGGUUCUGAACUACUGCCGUGAUCCUGAAUCCUCCAUCUCUGAGGGUUCUGAACUACUGCCGUGAUCCUGAAUCCUCCAUCUCUGAGGGUUCUGAACUACUGCCGUGAUCCUGAAUCCUCCAUCUCUGAGGGUUCUGAACUACUGCCGUGAUCCUGAAUCCUCCAUCUAUGAGGGUUCUGAACUACUGCCGUGAUCCUGAAUCCUCCAUCUCUGAGGGUUCUGAACUACUGCCGUGAUCCUGAAUCCUCCAUCUCUGAGGGUUCUGAACUACUGCCGUGAUCCUGAAUCCUCCAUCUCUGAGGGUUCUGAACUACUGCCGUGAUCCUGAAUCCUCCAUCUCUGAGGGUUCUGAACUACUGCCGUGAUCCUGAAUCCUCCAUCUAUGAGGGUUCUGAACUACUGCCGUGAUCCUGAAUCCUCCAUCUCUGAGGGCUCAGAACUGUACUUUCUGGCCUGGGGUCUUCCAGUUUUAUCACUGUUUAUAUUGUCUGUGUCCCAUUUCUACAUGUCUAGAUGAAGGAGAUGUGCCAACACCUACCGAAUGUACUGAACUCUAAAAUACUCUACUCUUUUUGUCAGAAGAUUUGUAUAAUAUUUUUUUCUUCUCCAUGUUUAAGCUUCUCUGAUCUAUGAGCUGAAUGAUUAAUUAAAUGUUGGGAGGACUUGCUAAACCUAUGAAAAACAGUUUUCAUGAAACUUUUAACAUCCUCUCUAUUUAUAUAACGCUCCAAUGAUUAAAAAAUAAUUAAUAAUCCAUGUUGGUGCUAGAGUACAUGUUUUGUACUUCAUAUACUUAUGGGGGAUUGUUGCAAAUGAUUCUGCUAUAUAAACAUUGGCAUUACAUUUAAUCAUAGUGAUCUUUUAGUCAUUUUUAGUCACCGUUUCCCUUUUAUUUUUUUUAGGGCACCAACACGUGCUAUCACAGCUGAAAUGAGAAUCAUGUUGUUAAAAAGCAAAAGGCAAUACUCUGACUGUUGGCGAUUUUGCAAACUGUAAUUAAAUGUUUUCAAAUGCA